UAAAAGACGCGGCAGUAGGUACCACAGAUCCAGGCGGUCAUUCAUGAUCUAAAGUGCAUGUAAAUACAUCGUGUCUUUGUUGUUUGUAAUAUUUAUUAUUUACGUGUUUUUUAUAGUGUUUUAUUACCGUGUGUUCUUCCAAAUAUGGACAAAUACAGAGGAAUAAGCGAUGCAAUACAAUGGUACAUAAGUAAAAUCCAAGCUGAAACAGUGGCCCAAUCCGGUAUUCCAAGCGACCGAUAUCAUCUUGGAAAACUAACUCUAGACGCACUCAAAGAUGUGCCUGAUAAAGUGCUUCAGAUUGAUGGAGCAACAGGCGAGACAGAAACCUUCGGAUCAGUUUUAACGAGAUCUGUGAAAUGCGCAAACGCCAUGCGGAAGGUCGGAGUAAAGCAUAAAGAUGUUAUCUUACUAAUGGGGCCGAAUCAUAUUGACCUUACUAUCCCGAUGUAUGCUGCUUUCUAUCUGGGUGCCGGUGUCGCUGGUAUCGACAUGUACUUGGGGACAAAGGAACUGAAAGACACAUUCAGUAUUAAUAGACCUAAAAUAAUAUUCUGCCAAAGCGAAAGAGCCCAUGAUGUAGAGGAGGCUCUAACAGGUCUUGAUUUAGGCUGUGAGGUGAUUACCUUUGACUCUGGAUCUAAAUUCAAGAGCCUUUCGGAAUUCUUGGACGUAUAUGGAAAAGGCACAUCCGUGGAAGAUUUUAAAGCUUCCAAUUUCGAUCCAGCAGAAACACCACUGAUGUUGAUAGCAACUAGCGGAACUACAGGCGUGCCCAAAUCCGCUGUGGUCACUCACAAAAACCUUCUAAUAGGAAUUCAGUACAUGUGGGCAAACUUUACCACUUUCCCAGCGCCGACUCGACUCGUGGCAGUAUUAUCUCCAAUACAAUGGUAUUCUGCGAUAUUUAAGUAUAUUUCAACCCCAAUUCUGAGACAAACUCGCCUCCAAUCCUCAUUGCCGAUGACCCAAGAACAUGCAUAUCAUCUUAUUAAUAAAUAUAAGCCGUCGUAUGCUAUGUCAAGUCCAAAUUUCUGGGUAAUACUUUUCAAGCCCGGUGAUCGUGAAAAAUGUGACCUUACUUGCUUUGAUGUACUUAUAGCUGGUGGUAGUCCUUUACAAGAAGGAUUGAGAAAAGAAAUCAAGAAAGCAACACCUAACACUUUGAUACUGAACGUAUACGGAAUGAGCGAAAUAUCUGGUUUAGCAAUGGUGUAUGAUGAGAACAUCCCGCAUUCUUUGGGAAGACCGAUCCCAAGUCUUACUCAUAAGUUAGUAAACCCCGAAACGCUUGAAGAGAUUACAAAACCCCACGUGACAGGUGAACUUUGGGUAAAGGGACCAAGUAUAUUCAAGGGCUAUUAUAAUAAUCCAGAAGUGACGUCACAAACACUUACCGAGGACGGUUGGCUUCGAACUGGAGACACAAUGUACAGAGAUGAAAAAUGGUACUUCUAUUUUGUGGAUCGACUCAAACUGUUACUUAAAUAUAAAAAUCAUCAGAUAUCUCCUGUAGAAAUAGAAGCCGUAAUUAGCAAACACCCAGGCGUCUUUGAAGUCGCUGUAACAGGAAUCCGUAAUACAGCUGAAGGAGAUCUGCCCGUUGCGUGCGUGGUGCCUCACGACGGUUACAAUAUCACUGCUCAAGAAAUUAAGGAUUUAGUAAAGAAAAAUUUAACAGACUCAAAGCAACUAAGAGGGGGAGUAAUAUUCGUUAAAAAGCUACCAAUGACGUCAACAUCGAAAAUAGACAGACCUAGACUGGAAAAACUCGCAAAAGAAUCAGUAAGAGAAUAAAAAAGAACAAAAAUAUAUGAUAUUUUCUGGAUAUCUUCUGUUAAGGUUAAAAGAUAUAUAAUUAAUAAGAAUAAGCGUUAAAAAGUGUAAAGAUAUCUGUAAGUGGUGAAAUUGUUAUUUCAUAUCGUAAAAAUUAUUAAAAUAUUUUUUUCUA